CUGUGGGAGGAUCUUGUAGAAUUCCUCAAGUAGCAGGUGGGGGAAUCGUGGUCCAAAGAGUUCUUCCAAUAUCGUUGGGAGGGUGUGGGAUGGGAGUGUGCUGCCUCAGGUAGCAGGAAAGUCUUUGCCAGGGCUAAGAAGAAACUUAGGAGGUAGGUCAUAGCCUUGCCACAGCUUACUUCCAAGGUCCCCAACAAUAGAGCCCAUCGGCUCCCUUGUCCAGCCUUCCACCAAUGACUGCGUUCAGCAGUCUGAAUUGAAAUGAGCAGAAUUCAGUCUUGUCCACUUGCUUUCACCCGGUAACCUCCUAAACUACAGCUUGCCGGUCCAAUAUUUUCUUCGGCUUCAUUGUGCCAUCGCAGCCUCCUCGCCCUGCUGCAGCAUCGGGAACGGCUGUGGAGGUGGCGAUUGUAGGCGCAGCCUCAGGAGUAGCGGCGGCGACAGCAGCAGUAGCGGCGGCAGCAGCAGUCUCAGCCACCCCUCAGCAGGCGUUGCCUGCUCCGGCUCCUAGCUUUUGCACAAGUGCGAAGCAGCUCCUGCGCCGGGGCACGCUCCACUUAGGGUUCCCUAGGGCUUCUUUUUAAACUCAGAAAACACCACCCCCGUCCAGCGCCUCCCCCACCCCAAACGAUUAAUAGCCCUGGAAACUGGGCAAAGGCACCCUCUCCUCAGGACAGAACAGUGUUUGACAACUACCAGAGUGGGGGCUUUCUCUUGGCUUUUUUUUUCUUUUGUUUUGGAAGUCACUCAAAAGUUUUGGCCCAUUUCCUUUCUUUUUCCCUCUCUGAGCUUAGACGUCUCCUCUCACGGACCCCCACCCCCUUUCUUCUCUCCCACUUGUGUACACUAGUUGUUGGGGUGUGUGUGGAUAGGCUAAGGGGAUGUCCUGCUUUCACCAAAGGAACAACAGAAAGGGAAAACUUAGACAUCCAGAAGGGAGGAGAAUAAAUAAAUAAGUACAUACCCAUACAGUCUAUACAAACGGAUCAGAGGCUAAAAAAAAAAAAAAAAAAAGUUUAAAAUUGCGGCUGUCGGGGCACCAGCAGGGAAAUUCCAUUCUUAAUUUAAGGGGAAAGUGACUUCUACUGGAUAGGGAAAAGAAAAGUGAUAAAACCACAUGGAAGACUCACAGGAUUUAAAUGAACAAUCAGUAAAGAAAACGUGCACAGAAACAGAUGUUUCAGAGCCUCAGAAUUCCAGGUCUAUGGAAAUGCAGGACCUAGCAAGUCCUCAUACUCUUGUUGGAAGUAGUGAUACUCCUGGUAGCUCCAAACUGGACAAAUCUAAUCUCAGCAACACAUCAGUUACAACAAAUGGGACAGGAGGAGACACCAUGACUGUUUUAAAUACUGCAGACUGGUUGCUGAGUUGCAACACUCCUUCUUCUGCAACAAUGUCUCUUCUUGCAGUCAAAACAGAGCCGAUGAACAACAGUGAAACAACUACUACAACUGGAGAUGGAUCACUUGACACUUUUACUGGGUCAGUAAUAACAAGUAGUGGCUACAGUCCCAGAUCAACACAUCAGUAUUCCCCACAGUUGUAUCCCUCCAAGCCCUAUCCACACAUUCUUUCUACACCAGCAGCUCAAACAAUGUCUGCCUAUGCCGGGCAGACUCAGUAUUCAGGAAUGCAGCAGCCAGCAGUGUACACAGCCUACUCACAGACAGGACAACCUUACAGCUUACCCACUUACGAUUUAGGUGUGAUGUUGCCAGGCAUCAAGACAGAAAGCGGACUUUCACAAACCCAGUCACCACUACAGACGGGGUGCCUCAGUUACAGUCCAGGGUUUUCUACCCCCCAACCAGGCCAAACACCCUAUUCUUACCAAAUGCCAGGUUCUAGUUUUACACCAUCAUCUACUAUUUAUGCAAAUAAUUCUGUUUCCAAUUCAACGAAUUUCAGUAGCUCACAGCAGGAUUAUCCAUCCUAUACAGCCUUUGGCCAAAACCAGUAUGCACAGUAUUAUUCAGCAUCAACAUAUGGAGCAUAUAUGACUUCAAAUAACACAGCUGAUGGCACAUCUUCAUCGUCAUCAACUUAUCAGUUGCAGGAAUCUCUCCCUGGACUGACCAGUCAACCAGGAGAUUUUGAUACAGUGCAAAGCCCUUCCACACCCAUCAAAGACCUUGAUGAGAGAACAUGUAGGAGUUCUGGGUCAAAGUCUCGAGGAAGAGGCCGGAAGAAUAAUCCAUCACCUCCCCCAGACAGUGACUUGGAGCGUGUAUUUGUCUGGGAUUUGGAUGAAACCAUCAUCGUUUUUCACUCACUGCUCACAGGGUCCUAUGCACAGAAGUAUGGCAAGGAUCCCCCAAUGGCAGUCACCCUUGGACUACGAAUGGAGGAAAUGAUUUUUAACCUUGCUGACACACAUUUAUUUUUUAAUGACUUGGAGGAGUGUGAUCAAGUUCAUAUAGAUGAUGUUUCUUCUGAUGAUAAUGGUCAAGACUUAAGUACCUACAGUUUUGCAACUGAUGGCUUCCAUGCAGCUGCAAGUAGUGCAAACCUUUGUUUGCCAACAGGUGUUAGAGGAGGGGUUGACUGGAUGAGGAAGCUGGCUUUUCGUUACAGAAGAGUAAAAGAAUUAUAUAAUACCUACAAGAACAACGUAGGAGGACUCCUUGGCCCAGCUAAGAGAGAUGCAUGGCUGCAGUUAAGAGCAGAGAUUGAAGGUUUAACAGAUUCCUGGCUAACAAAUGCACUUAAAUCCUUAUCAAUUAUUAGUACUAGGAAUAACUGUGUAAAUGUCUUGGUUACAACAACUCAGCUUAUCCCAGCACUUGCAAAAGUCCUACUAUAUAGUUUGGGAGGUGCCUUUCCUAUUGAAAAUAUUUACAGUGCAACUAAAAUAGGAAAAGAAAGCUGUUUUGAGCGUAUAGUGUCCAGAUUUGGCACUAACAUAACUUAUGUUGUGAUUGGAGAUGGCCGAGAUGAGGAGCAUGCCGCUAACCAGCACAACAUGCCUUUUUGGAGGAUAUCAAGUCAUUCAGAUCUCUUGGCUCUUCAUCAAGCAUUGGAACUAGAGUAUUUGUAACUGUGUUCUAUUGUUGAAGAUCCGUUUUUUUUUUGUUGUUGUUGUUUGUUUUUGUUUUUUUUUUUAAUUUGUAUCUCAAGUACACUGAAUUUUUAUGUGUGAUUCAAUGCCUCUGGCUUUACACAUAUAAAUUGUCUUAAAGGAUGAAAUCACAUUUGGAAUGAAAAUUCCAGAAGGAAGAAUUCAGAUUGCUGAAUGGAGUUAAAACUUUAGUGCUACAGAAAGGAAGCUCUAUGGUCUUAUUUGUGCAACACUUUAAUGAAUUAUAAAACUGUGGAGGUUGCUGGUACACAUCGAAUGAGCCUAACUGGAGUUAAACAGCUUUAGCAAAGAACUCUUAUGUUGGCAAAGCAGCAACACACAUUUCCCGUCUGACAAAGUGGUGUUCAACAACAUUCCUCAAUAUGGGAUAUAUUCUCAGCACUGAGGUUUGAAUUAGACUUUAGCCUCCCUAACCCAGAAAAUCUGAAUUGAAAUGCACUCAGACUGUAUAAUGACAAUUCUGUCUAGAUCUGUAAUUUGUGUAAAUUAUUGAUGAAAAUAAUUUACUGUGACUUUAUUAGCAGCUGACUUUGGAAAUGGAUGCAAUUUUUUUUUUCUUUUGGGGGAGGAGGGGUGGGAGAAGGGAGGGGAAAAUGGGAAUAUAAUAUUGUCUCUUUUAUAAGUUUGGCAAACAGAAUGUGCAUACUGAUGUGCUGUGCCUUAAAGAUAAGACAAGACAGUGUUUGUGUGUUAAGAUGUAAACUUUGGUUAAAAUCUCUGUAGAUAAAGAAAAAAAACUUUGUGAUAAUUCUUGACAUGACCAAAUUUCAAAUUUAAGUUGUCAGAGCUCAAGACCGAAUCAAAUAAUAAUUAAAUAUUUGUUGCAAUGGGGGGGAGGGGAGGGAAAAAAAGAAAGUUUGUAUUUUUAUUUGGAUUCUGCAUAAUUCCACUGAUAGUAUGAGGCAAAACAAUAGCUCAUCCAAGCAUAAGUAGAAAGUUUGGGGGUGCAGCAGCUAGGUGGAGCAAUGGAUAGAGCACCAGCCCUGAAGUCAGAAAGACCUGAUUUCAAAUGUGACUUCAGACACUUAACUUCCUGGCUCUGUGACCCUGGGCAAGUCACUUAACCUCAAUUGCCUCAAAAAAAAAAAAAAAAAAAAAGAAAGAAAGAAAGAAAAAAGAAAGAAAGUUUGAGGGAGAUGGCAAUGAUUUUGGGGACCUUUGCUUUGGAAGUGGAAUAGAUGUUUAAGUCUUGAGCAAACUCUCUAUAUUUUUGCAUGAGAAAAUCAAGGGCCAUAUUCAUGGUUAUUUGCACUGUUUUGAGUUUAAAUUUGUUAGGGAUGUGUGUCAUGGAGGAAAAACCACCCUCAUGAAAAACCAAUAUUUGUUACCUAGUAAUAGGUCUCCUGAUCCUGUUCAUGGAAUGAGCUGAAAUUGAAAAGAAAAAUAAAUUUGUAUUCUCCUUCCCCCAAAACAGGAUUAAUCCAAUAGUUUAAGUAAGCCACGUGCUCCUAAUAAGAAGUGUUCUCUAGGAAAAGUAAAACUGUGUGAACUUCCCAUAGGGCAGUAUCAAAUAAUCAUUAUGUCACACUGAUCGUGGCAAUGUUAUUUUAUUAGAGUCAACCCUGUUCUUAUAUAUUUUUUCAUUUAUUUUCUGACUUUUGAAGGCUUGUGUGUUUACCCUUUUCUAUUUCUUAUCAGUAUUGUAACACUACAAGAAUCCCCCUCAUUUAUGCCUGUGUGCUUGCAUUGUUUUCAUGAGUGACCCAGAUUGAUAAUUCAGUAGAGUUUCUCCUGCUGCUCUCUGAUGGUUUUCCCCUAAUGAUCCUUAUUUCAGAGUCCUAAAAAAUCAAAAUGUCUGGGUGACUCUUGUACCCACAGUUCUUUGUUAAAGUAUGUCCACUGUCCAACCAUAGACAUCAUCCCACCUAACCAUGCGAAGUCUAAGACUUAUUAUGACUUUUGAAAUUUUUAUAGCAGCAGACUUUCAUGGCUUAGAUAAUGAUGGCACCCCAGUCUAUCUACCAAAAUAUAAUUUUUAGAAAUGUUCUUUGAAAAUACUACACUGAAAAGCUAUCCUUUGUCUGUAGUAACCAAAGAGAAAAUGAAACCAUCCUGUCUUAUAUAAGACUAUCAAGCCAUUAUAAAACCUGAACUCAAGCUUUGAAUUAUAUACAAUUUUUGUCCCUGACACAAUAAAUCUUUUAGAGUCAAGUUGAGAAAAUUCUACACAAGUUCUUGGAUUGAGACAGUAUAGCAAAGUCAAACUAUUUUACUCAGCAUUAAAUCAACCAACUGAGUAUGUGAGAGAUUUCAUGCCCUCUUAUCUAGUUAUAAGAACUUCAAACAAUUGCUCAGCAGAUAUCCCUGAAGGAUAGUAUUCUAAUGCUACAUCACAAGUUUGUAUUCUUCACCAUACUAAGAAAGGAAUUCUAAUGUUGCCAAACUACUGGUUCAAAAAGGAAAGUCCGUUGGAAUGGAAAAGAAACAGAGAGUUUGGGGCACCUAUAAUUUUGGUUUCAUGUGCAUCUUGUUUACUGAGAGCCAUCAGACCAAAGACAAGGAUAGCAACAAUCUGUUUAUCUUGUUAUACCCUUAGGUAAUUAAACAGGGCCAACUCAGCCUAAUGAAUAGGACUUUGAAUAUGUUUUAAACUAUUAAAUUUAUCUUUCCUAUCAAUCAUAGUCAAAAAACACUUCCCCAUCCCUAAUAUAUAGACACGCGUGUGUAUAUACAUAUACACAGACAUAUACACAAAGGUCCCCUUUCUAAUCUGGAGGAGGGAGGGGAGAAAAAAUGUUGGCAGUUGCCAUACACUAUUUAAGUAUAGGAUCUUGUGCCUUAUUAUGACUACUUUGAAUGACAUUCUAUAAACAAAAUGGAUUUUCAGCUACUGUACAAAUAUGAACUUUGUAUAGUACUAGAAAUAAUAACCAUGUUUAGUGUUGCACCUGAAGAAUAUUAAUAGAGUAUAAUUUUAGUAACCAAAUAUAGGUAGUCAGUACCUUAGGAUAUGGAAGUAAGCUAAUUUACACAGUAAAAUUGAAUAAAUCAAGGCCAGAGGUAACAUCAUUUAGAAACACAUGCAAUUUUACACACAGAGAAAUAGGUGACAAAUGUCACUCUGAAUUUGAUUAACUUAGAAUCUCCUAAAACAAAUAUUCAAAAUAGCUGCCACAGCAUGUUCCCCUAUGAAUUCACUUCCCUCUCUGCACAUUUGCUUAUGACAAGCCUACAUUCUGAGUGAAUACGGUUAUUUAGUCUCUGUAAGGGAAAACAAGCAUUGUGAGCCAAAGCUGCAUUUUGACUCCCAAUAAUAGAAACAUUUUGGAAAUCAUAACUAAUCAAAAUCAAGAAUCUCUGUCAUGUAUUAGUAAGAUAGUUUAUAUUGGGGCCUACAUAAUUUAAAGAAAUGUAAAUUAAUAUUAAAAGCUUGUAAAAAUAUGUACAUCUUUACUAUUUCUCAAUAAAUACAUUUGGAAAUGUUGUCAUUUUCUGCACCUUC